AUACAGGGGAGGAGCCCCUUGGUCUCCUCACUCCCACUCCCACUCUGCCCUCCUCCCGCUCCGGCCGCCGCCGCCGCCGCCGCAGACCACCGUAGUCCGUAGUAGCAGCAGCAGGGCUCACCGCGUCUCGCUGUCUAAUGGUUCUUGCUCAAGCUUGAUUAACGCGUCUAUCAGGCUCCUUUGGUUGAAUCGGCGACAUGGCGGCGAUGGAGCUAGGAGCGGAGCAGGAGGAGGAGUGCUCGCCGUGCGGGGGCUUCUCGCUCACGUGCCAGGAGGACGGCGCCGACCUCGGGGACGGCGUGGUGGACGACGGCGACCUCUUCUUGCUCUACUCCGCCGCCGCCGCCGCCGCCGCCGGGGAUGACGACGAGUACGUGGAGCAGCUGGUCUCCAAGGAGACCUCCGGCUUCUUCUCCGACUCCGGCGACGCCGACGCCGAAUGCUCGUCCGCCGCCUCCGAGGACUGGUUCCUGGAGGCGCGCCUCGCCUCCGUCAAGUGGAUCCUCCAAACGCGCGGGUGCUUCGGCUUCGCCCACCGCACGGCCUACCUCGCCAUCGCCUACUUCGACCGCUUCUGCCUCCGCCGACGCGUCGAUAGGGCGGCGAUGCCGUGGGCGGCGAGGCUGCUGUCGAUGGCGUGCGUGUCCGUGGCGGCGAAGAUGGAGGAGUACCGGGCGCCGGCGCUCUCGGAGCUAGACGGCGGCUACGAGUUCUGCUCCGGCUCCGUCCGGCGGAUGGAGCUGCUCGUGCUGUCCACGCUCGGAUGGCGCAUGGCCGCCGUCACGCCCUUCGAUUACCUCCCCUGCUUCUCCUCCAGGCUCGACCGGCACGGCGGCGGCGGCCAUGACCCCGCCCGCGUCGCCAUCAAGUCCAUCGGGUUCAUCUUUGCCACGGCCCAAGCCAGCAGUGUGCUGGAUUACAGGCCAUCCACUGUGGCUGCAGCUGCAAUCUUGGCUGCAUCUUGUGGAGCUCUGCUGACCCAAGAAGCACUGGAGGCCGAGAUGGGCUAUCUAUCUCCAUCAUGUAUCAUUGAGAAGGAGCAUGUGCAUGCCUGCUACAGCAUGAUGGUUGGGGGCUUGAAGAACAGGAUGAGCAAUGGCAAGAGAUCAUUGCCAUGUUCAGAGGAUUCCAAUGAAGCUGCCACUAGUACAUAUGAUUCUGUUGUGGAUGAUGUUGCUGACACCGCUGCCUUCUCGGCGGCAGUGUCAGAGACUAAUAAGCGGAUCAGGUUGGAGCUGCCGGGAAUCCGUUGAGAAGCUAGCACCACCGGGGACACCGCAAUUUUUAGUCAGAUGUCUAGGGGGGAGCUUGGGUUGGAUCUCCUUUUAUUUUUUCUCCUUCAACUUCAUUUUUUCCAAAUUUGUUUAGGUUCUUUCAGCCAUUGUCAUGGUUGGCAUUGGCAAUGCUGUUGGAUUGGUUUGGAUUGGUUUGUGAGAGGGGUAAGAGAUGAACAAUGGAAGGGGCUUUAGCUUUCCUAAGGAGAGGGGAGCUUCAGUGGAGCCCCAAUUCCAGUGCCCAAAUGGAGCACAUUUCCAGUGAAAUUCACCCAAAAGCUGCACUAUUUUGGUAUGCCAUUGUGGGAUGUGGAUGCCGUCUUUGCAUUUGCAAAACAAGUAGUAGCACUGAAAGGUUGUGGGGGUGUUUUGGCCAUUGUUUAUAGAGCCAAGAAAAAAGGAAGUUCUCUGCAAGUGGAUGUGUGAUCAGUGAGGAGUGGUGUUCCACUCAGAUGCACUGCACUUGCAUUCAUGGGUUACAUUGGUUUGUGACCAUCUCCCUGUGGAAUGGUUGUUGUAACAUCUGCUUCUGUUCUUGAGAAAUGGAAUCAGAUUGCAACUCUUGUAUGUAUGUAUGUAUGUAUGUAUAUAUGGUGUGCCCUGUGGAUUUCUUGACCA